AUGGUGGUGGAUCCCUGCGAUGAAGACUACGCCUACCUUAGCUUGACGGUGGCCCGCUAUGCCAAGGAGGAUGCACUUGGGAAAUACAUGGCGCUCCUCACGCUCUCUCCCAUAUACCUGGCCGUAGCGUAUAUGACCCUUGUGGUGGUGCGGCGGGACCUCCAGGUGUUCGUCCUCGCCGUGGGGCAUCUGGUAGACCUCGUCGUCAACAAGGCCCUCAAGACUUGGAUCGCUGAGGCGAGACCGCCAGGCUGCAUCAACACAGGCCACGGGAUGCCUUCGAAUCACUCCCAGUACAUGUUCUUCUUCGCCAGCUUCGUGUCGCUGUACCUGUGGGGCAGGGUUUCUUUUUCGGCGGAGGCGAAGGUCGGUUUGACGUCCGUCCUGGCCGGCUGGGCGGCGUCGGUUGCGUACUCGAGGAUGUGUCUGCAGUGCCACACGCUGAAGCAGGUAGCCGUAGGUGCCGCCGUUGGUACCACCACGGGCGGAUUGUGGUACCUCCUGUACUCGAAGGUUUUGUUGCCGUUGCUCCCGCGCGUGGCAAAGUGGCCGAUAAGCCGGGCCUUGUACGUGAAAGACUACUCGCAGGUAUCGAACGUGCUUGCUUUCGAGCACGAUGCGCUGUACGGAGACGGCGGUGGCGAGACCGUCUUUACGGGCAGCAGCAGCCGCGGCGGGGUGCGAGCGAGCGACCACGUAGACGCUUCGAGGAAGGUCCGCUGA